AACUCGGUUACUUCCUGUCUCCGGACGUGAACACAAGAAGACACACGUGAAAACCAGAAUUCAGCCAAAACAGACAGCUGACAUAAGAUGGAUUUCACAGAGGUUCCCGUGAAUGAGGGCAACAAAGGUAAGAAAAAGAAGAAUAGGAAGCCGAAGAAGAAAAGACAGGAGGGAAAUGGAGAAGGCGGCGAAGUUGAGAAGGAGGAGGUGGAGGAGGAGCAGAAGAUGGAGAAGAGCGAGUCAGGAGCUGCCUUUCCCCCCACCUUCAGUGUGUCCGAAAUCAAGAAUAAACAACGAAGACACGUCAUGUUCAUGAAAUUUAAGCAAGAGAAAAGAAAGCAAAAGAUGCAGCUGAAGAAAAAGAAGAAAAAAGAAAGAGAAGCUCUGGGUGACAAGGCACCGCCAAAAGAGGUCCCAAAGACGAUAGAAAACCAGAGGGUGUACGAUGAGACAACAGUCGACCCAGAAGACGAAGAGAUUGCAUUUGACGAGGGAACUGAUGAAUUUUCUGCCUACUUCAAUGGGCUGACGAACCCCAAAGUUCUCAUCACAACGUCAGACAGACCAAGAGGGAGGACGGUGAGGUUUUGUGAGCAGCUGGCCACAGUCAUCCCAAAUGCCUACGUGUACUACAGAAGAGGCUUGGCCCUGAAGAGGGUCAUUCCUCAGUGCAUCGCCAGGAACUUCACCUACCUCAUGGUCAUCAAUGAGGAUCGCAAAGUGCCCAAUGGUUUGGUUCUCUGUCAUCUACCUGACGGGCCGACUGCACACUUCAAGGUCAGCAGUGUUCGACUACGUAAGGAGAUGAAGAGAAGAGGCAAAGAUCCAACUGAACACUCUCCAGAGGUGAUCCUCAACAACUUCACCACACGUCUGGGCCACAGCAUCGGCCGGAUGCUUGCCGCCCUCUUUCCACAAGACCCUCAGUUUGUGGGUCGACAGGUCGCCACUUUCCACAACCAGAGAGACUUCAUCUUUUUCAGAUUCCACAGGUACAUCUUCAAGAAUGAGAAGAAAGUUGGUAUUCAAGAGCUGGGUCCCCGCUUCACCCUCAAACUGCGCUCUCUACAGAAAGGCACCUUUGACUCAAAGUUUGGGGAGUACGAGUGGGUCCUGAAGCGCCAUGAGAUGGAUGCCUGCAGACGGAAGUUCCAACUUUGAUUGCGAAAGAACAACCAGCUUAAAUGGUCGGACAAAGAGGACCUCGUCUAUUAUCCAAUAUAUUACUGCUGUUUGUGGCUUUGCACAAAUGGACUUUGUAGUGGAUAUUAAUUUUCUGUGGACAACCUGGCAACAGUUAAACACUUGUCCUCAACAUAAUUUGAUGACUUUAAUUUUUUACGAGAUCCCCAUUGCUGUACAUUCACUCACCGAGAAAACGACUUCUAUAAAAGCUGCUUCUGCAAUCCUUUCUGGAGACCAAGUGUGGGACAGGAGCUAUUACUUCAUAGCAAGGACUUUUACCCUCUGUUAGUUGGGAGACAGAGGGGAGACAUGCAGGCACUCCAUAUGAAUUCUGAACUGCGAGUGUAUUUAAAAGUUGUAUUGGUAGAUGUGCAGCUCCUAUGAAAUGUCCACAUUACUGUAUGAAUGUGGACCAAAAUGAAUCAAAGUCAUUGAACUUGCUCUGAUCAGUUUGUUGUGCAUCCAAAAGGUAGACCUGUUACAUCUUGGUCUGUAAGUGCAACAGUAGCCAGUGUCUGGAAAUUGGUAAGUGCUUGAAAUUGUGAAGCUACUACAGUGCUGCUGCUUUUUAUGUGACAGGCAAAAGAAUUAUGGAUGACAUGUUGAACACAUUCAGAUUUCUAAAUGUGUAUAACUAAUUUUAAUAAAACAAGUGGCUUCAAGUUUAAAA